CCCUGUUUUUAUUGGUUCAGUUUUAAAUCGCACGUGCUUCUGGGUAUUGUAGUCCGUUUCUGAGUGCCCUCUAUUGUUGUUGUUGCGCCAGUCUACAGUCAUGUCUGCAGGCACCACCGUCUUACAAACACCUGAAAAUGGAAACGGAGGGAUCCAAAGGAUGCCGUGUCCGUGGUACGGCUGUAAGAGGAUCUACACCGAGACCGGCGCUCUGCAAAGCCACAUUAAGGACCAUGAGAUCCCAGCUCAGUCUGUUCCUGGUAAGGUGUUGCGGUGCUCCACCAGCGGCUGCAGUGGUUCCUUCCCCAACAUGCAGAAGCUCAUGGAGCAUACGAGGCAGCACCACAAGCCAAACAUCUACUUCCAGUGUGAGAGCUGCCGUACCAAGCUGCGGUCCUAUCGGAACCUUCUGGGACACCUUCAUACCUGUUCCAAAGUGCCACGAGGCAGACCAAAAGCAGCUGAAGCAACACCCCCAUUUCCUGUAACUCCAAAUACAAACCCCAAGGCUAUGGACCAGCCCCCCCCCCAGCUGGAAUCAGUGUCUUCACCCCAGCAAGUCCCAUUUCAGAUUGCAAACCCAAAUGGAUCCCUUCCCGGUGCUGUUCCACAGCCAGGUUCUUCAGAACCCCCUGUUCUUGGUCCCCCUAUUUUGGCUCUCCAGGAGCCAUCCCCUCCCAAGCUUACACCCCCGCAGCUCGCUGAAGCAGCUUCUCAGGCUCUGGUCAGGAUGGAAGCCUCUAAAACCCCUCCCACUAUAAACCCCGCUGCUCCUGAGGUUCCUGACAACAAGAGUCAGUUCCAGACACAGAGCAGGUCUGCCGAGGCCGCCCCCCCUGCUGCAGGAGCAGCGGCCUCCUCUCCUCCAGGGCCUUCAGCGGUCUGGAAGAAGAAUCAAGGCACGGCGUGCAGCAGACGUGUCCUUUGGGAGCACACCAGAGGGCGGUACACCUGCAUACAGUGUGGCCACACGGUAACCAACCGCAAGGACAUGACCCAGCACAUCAAGGGCCAGCACAGCGGCAGCAAGGCUGCAGAAGCCACCGGAAGCUCUGCCGGCAGCUCGUAGAGCGGACCGGUGUUCCUGAGGGAAGCGCCGGCGGCACCGUCCUUCACCCACGUCUGCAAAAACAGGCGGAAGAUAAAAAGUCCUGUAAAUGUCUGCUCGUUGACUUCCGCUGGAGACAGAAACGCCGUGGGGGAGAGGAGUUUGAUGGGGAGGAAAGAAACCACCUGGUUUUUCUCCUGUAAACUGGUUUGUGCACCAGGAUCACAACAUGAUUAAAAAAGAAGCUGUUCAGGAUUUUUGCUCCUUUUUAUUUAUGAAGACAAACAAUUUUGUUAUUUGUGUUUCAGCUUAAAGCCAAACGAUCUGACAGAAUCACGUGACUGAUUAGUCUGUCGUUGCCUCAGGAAGUAAACCCUGAUUACUGAGUCAGAGCAGAACCAGUAUGUUCAGAGAGUAAAGUGGGAUUUAGUCCGUAGUUUCAUCAGCUUUGUAAAAUCUCUGGUCACAAAGUAUUUCAGCAGGUCAGGUUAAGAAUUAUUUAGAAAAAAAAGAAGUUUCUGCUUUGCCUCAUUUGUUUUGUUACCUGGUUUCUUUUGUGCUUCAUGUUUUUAACCUGUUUGAACCUGUUUUUUGCUUUUAUUCUAAAUAAAGUGCUAUUUGUCUGCA